AACUGUCUUGUGCGUACAUUACAUAACAGGAAGUGUUUCACUAUGGCCCAAACCGAACUGCACGAGAGUCCGAUGGCCUGAAAGGACAGUGACACAACAGCAAAUAAUCCCUCUAAAUUCGCACCAAACAUCGUGUACAUGCGAUUUACAAGCCGACCAAAAAUGAACUACAUGCCAGGAACAGCCAGCCUCAUCGAGGAUAUCGAUAAAAAACAUCUCGUCCUGCUCCGAGAUGGAAGAACGUUGAUCGGCUUUCUCAGAAGCAUUGAUCAGUUUGCCAACCUGGUGCUGCAGCAGACGGUGGAGAGGAUCCACGUGGGCAAGAGGUAUGGAGACAUCCCUCGAGGAAUCUUUAUCGUCAGGGGAGAGAACGUAGUCCUCCUGGGGGAGAUCGACCUGGAGAAGGAGAGUGACACCAGUCUGCAGCAGGUGUGUAUUGAGGACAUCCUGGAGGAACAGCGACUGCAGCAGCAGAGCAGGCAGGAGGCAGAGAAGACCAAACACCUGGCCCUGAAGGAGAGAGGCCUGGUCAUGCCCAGACCAGACAUCAUGGACGACUAUGGAGUACAGCAUCAAUACUGACCGGUACAUACAAACACCUGGCCCUGAAGGAGAGAGGCCUGGUCAUGCCCAGACCAGACAUCAUGGACGACUAUGGAGUACAGCAUCAAUACUGACCGAUACAUACAAACACGGUCAAUAGGUAAUGAUCCAAGUUCACUGUCUUUACUUUACCUUUGAGAGGGAAUCCCCAAUGUACUGGGCACCUUAUGACGAAGCACCUUAUUUCACAUUCAGAGUUUUAUAUUAUGUUUCCCUAAGAGUAUCAUGGCACUGACAUAAAUGUACAGGGUUUUUGUUUGAACCAUUAUUUUAAACUAUUUUGUGAGGUGUAAUGAAAACUACAUUUUGAUUUGUACAGAAGUGAAAAGAGGAUUUAUCAAAGUUGUACAUCACUGGAAAGGCCUUUGUUUGUAUUAAACACUUUUAUUUUUUA